UGCAGAGGGUCAUACUGCUGUGGUUAGAAGUAAUCCGCUGUUACUAUUAGGGCUAAUUUGUUAUCUGACUUUUGUGUGUAAUGGCGCUCCACUUGAAAGACAAAGAAGCUUACCAGAGACUGAACUACCUUUACCAGGCUGCACAUUGUGUUUUAGCUCAAAAUCCGGAAAAUGUGGAGCUGGCUCGUUUCUACUGCUUCUCACAGAAGACGAUUGCAAAGCGUCUCGUUCUCAGACAAGAUCCAUCGGUGAAGAGGACAUUGUGCAAGAGGUGCUGCUCUUUGCUCAUUCCAGGUGUAACUGCUACAACAAGACAAAAACGAAAAAACAGCAAGACUCGUUUUACCGUGAUGAGAUGUCUCAGUUGUGGACAGAGGAAGACCUUACUGAAUAAUCCAGAUUACUGUUUAUGGGCAGACCGAGCCGAGGCUCAGCUGGAGCAGCAAAAGCAGAAAGAUUCAAUCACUUCUGCUAAAAAUCAGCCAAAAGACACAAAGAAUGACGGGUCACAGACAUCAAAACUCAGUUCUGCUCCAGGUGCUACCAGCACGUAGCAGCCAUGGCUCUGCUCUAUUUGCUUAAGGAAGUCAGAUUGAAUUUUGACAUGAAAUUAUGCCAAACUUUUUUUUUAGAGAAUUUGGCUAUAUUCCAUUCAACACAGUGCAAAUGGCUUGUAACUGAAAAACUAAAAGGACCAAAAAUGGUCCCAGGGCCUAAGAGGGGUUAACAUACAAAGGACUGUUCUUAAUAAAAGCUAAUAUAUAGUUUUGUUGUGUCACAUCCACCCACAGACUAGAGAAGGUUUUUUUUUUUAAAUGUUAUUUAAAUGAAAUUACUACUUUUCAUUUUAUUGACAGCUUGUUUGUUUGUUUUUUUACUUUUCUGAUUACUAAGGGGGGGGGGGGUUGUUUUGUUUUUUAUGCUAACACUCUAACAUUGCUAAAUUUUUUUUCAUAUGUAUCUUGUAAAUUGUUUUUUUUUUUGUUUUUGUUUUUUUCAAAUAAAAAC